GCUUCUUUGGUGGCAUUACAUGGGCCAUUCUGGUGGCGAGAGUAUGUCAGAUGUUCCCCAACAUGCAAUCGGUCCAACUGGUUCGACGAUUCUUCCUAAUCUUAUCGCGAUGGAAUUGGGACAAUCCGGUCACACUGUGCCCGAUAAGACAGUCGAGUGAGAUUGGUUUGAUGAGCUUCAAGGUUUGGAAUCCUAAACAAUACGCGAGUGAUCGAUCUCAUUUGAUGCCAGUUAUCACUCCUGCCUUUCCGUCGAUGAACAGUACGUACAACGUCACCGAGACUACCAAAAGGAUAAUAAUGGGAGAAAUUGAGAGAGCUCACAAGCUGACAUUACCGAAG